CAGAAAAUCUGUGGCACAUCAAGUGAAUUAUUUUAGUGUCUAUCACAGAAUUCGUGUAGUUUUUGCUCUCAAAGUUUCCUUCUGCAUUCCAACCUUUAGAUCAUGCGGGGAUUCCCCACAUUACGUGGCAAAAUUUGACAGUCUUUGUGAUUUCGUGAUUCCUUCUUGAAGAUUCGGUAGUCUCUCAACACAGCCUUGAGGGAAAGCGAUUUCCUCGCAGACUCGACUCUCUAUGGCCUCUGAUCUAUCCAUUCUCGCGGAUGUUGGUUCAGACGACAUUGCGAAGAGCAUCUUAGUUUCGGGCUUUACUCCAGGAACCAAAGAAGAAGCUGUUGUUAUUCACUUUCAGCAGCGUAAACAUGGCGGCGGCGACGUGUCAUCUGUGAAAUUCUCGCAAAAUGGAGACAAUGCAGUGAUUACAUUUGAAGAAAAAGAAACUGUAGAGAAGGUUUUGAAAGGAGAACAUAGGAUUGGAGAAGUGUUGCUUAAAGUUGAUCGGCUUCCAGACAAAAGCAAACCAACAAUCAAUGAGAUAUUUACUCACGUGACGGCAACGUUGGAUCCCAUUGAGUUGGGUAUAUCACCACAGGAAGCAAGACAGAUUUUGGAAAAAGUCAAACAAGACAUUGAUGUGUCUUUCUAUUGCGAUAACAAAUUGUUUGUUUUAACUGGAAAGCUGAAGGGAAUCAAUGAGUGCCAACUUCUUGUGAUGAAGUAUUUAAGCGAAGGUCAACGUAUUGAUGUGCAACUGAACAAUCUUUCUUUGGCGAAGAAAGGCGCAGAAGUAGAGAAUGGUGGAGCAGGAAAGGCGUUAACAACGCCUGGAAGAUCUGACGUUAUCGUAGCUACGAGAAUCUAUGAAAGUCCUGGAACCAAGGUUAUCCCAGUCAACGAAGUCAACAGCGACAGCCAGGAUGGACGUGUACAUCCCACAAUAGAGGCACGAUGGUUUCAAGUAGAUCCAUAUGCAUUACGUUUUAUGGAGACGUUUUUCAAAGAGAAGCUAGAUGAAAUCAAUGGAGAAUGUCUUUUGGAAGUUACGGCUUCAUCUGAGGGUACUCGAGUUAUUCUUCAGCCUAAACAAAACUGUGAACCUGCAAGGUACAACGCCGCUUGCAGCGAGUUAUCAGAACUUAUCGAAACUGUCACCCAGGGUAUGGCUACUUGUGAGCUGGACUUAAACGGUGUGGACAAGGAUUCAGCAAACGCUUUAAUGGAAUACAUUGCGACCAAUUACCCAGUGAUCAUAGACCGGCCCCAAGAACACGGUCCGUUUUUUGUGUAUGGCGAUGCUGCAUCUGUAGGAGAAGCCAGACGAACUGUAAAAGGAGGAAUAAGUCAACAGGAAAGCUAUGAUACUGGCCUUGCUGCUCAAGCAAUGGCAAUGGCAGCACCGGAAAUAGUUUCCUUUGAAAACUCUAGUUAUCGAACAGAAAAUGGUGUCUGUAUCUCCCUUCGUUAUGGAGACAUCACUGCCGAGGAAGUCGAUGCGAUCGUGAAUCCUGCGAACGAAUUUUUGUCCCACGGAGCUGGCCUUGCAAAGCUGAUUGUCCAAAGAGGUGGACCUGAAAUCCAAAGAGAAUCUGACACUUUAAGACGAAAACACGGCUUUCAAGUGCUACACAUUGGAGACGCAGUGCAUACAGUUGCAGGAAAUCUUCCCUGUAAGUUUGUCAUUCAUGCAGUUGGUCCCACGUGGGCUAAACACUCACCUACAGAUAAUAUAAAACUUUUAAAGAAGGCGUGCCUCCAGAGUCUUAAGCUGGCGUCUGAACUUGGUUUAUCAUCCAUUGCUAUACCAGCUAUCAGUUCCGGCAUCUUUGGUGCCCCUAUUGACGUAUGCGCCUUUGCCAUGUUAAACGCAGUGGAGGAGUAUCUCACAAUGCCGACAGUAACAAAGAAAAAAGGUACGAAGAAAAAAUGGUCAAAAGAAAGCAACCAGAAACACAAAGAAACAGAUAAAAAGAAAACAUCGACCAAGCCGCCAAACGAGACGCCAAGCAAAACUACCGAUGGAGAAAAAGAGAGAGCAAAUUCAAGAGGCUUACUUAACGAUAUUCGUUUUGUCCUCAUUGACGCCGACUCAAUGGAUGUUUUCGAGAAAAUGUUCAAUGAAAAGUUUGGUGGCGUUAUAGAUGACAUCGCAGAUGACUUUGAGGAUGACGAUGACGAGCAUGAUGACGAUAAAGUUUAGCGCGAGGAAAUCACGGUUCCAAUCUUAAGCUAGACUUGUACUCGUAACGGGAACUGUCAUUGGGGAAGCUUUACUGUGGCCAAACGUUUUUUUUUUAACAUUUUCUCUUCCCCGCUACGUGAGAUGACUAAAAGUCAUAAUGUCACUGCAGACACUGUCUUUUUCUCAUCAAGCAGUGGUUAGUGCCGACUGUAGAGAGUGAUCUAAAGGAAUACCGCCUCCCGGUUAGCUCAAUGGAUAGAGCGCUGGACUGUUGUGCGGGAGGUCGAGGGUUCGAGCCCCGGC